UUAUGGCGCGCUCUCAGAUGGCGUGUUGGUGUUCACUCAAAACAAACAGGACGCAGACGCCGUGCAGCACGAGAACCGCGUGUUAGAGGGAAUGGAUCUGACCGGAGGAUCCGCGCUCGGCGUGUUCAGCUGUGAUCUGUGCGAAAUGUCCAGCCCGUACAGCUUCUACGGGCAGAAGCCGCCAAACACCAGAGCGAUAGUGCUCUUAGAGGAAUGUUACGGCAUGAAGGAUCCCUUCACACCAGAGAGAGAGAAGUUUCUGAUCUUAGGAUCCAAGUGCUGUGUGUGCAGUAAGACGGUGUGUGUGGGAUCGGACUGCAGUGUGUUCUACACCAAGCGCUUUUGUUUGCCCUGUGUGCGGGAUCACCUUGAUCAGUUUCCAGAACAGGUUCAGAAUGAGGUGCUGAGGAAAAAGAGUGUCCAGAAGACGUCCUCUUCGUGAUGCUAGAAUGAUUUAGUCAGGACACUAGUGAGCCAUCUGGCCAGACACACAAUGUUAACAGUUUUAUUUUAUUUUUUUAUUAUAUUUGUAUUUAUGUCUUGGGCAACUGGAGGCGGCAAAGCAUGUUUUGAUUAAAAUAAUUUCUGUGCUGUCAUUUACUGUGGUGAGUUUUAUGAUUGCAAUAAAUGCCUUGGGUUGCAUGUAGCAACUAUAAUAGAA